AUGUUUGAAAGGUGGCGCGAGGACAACCGGAUGGUCCGCAGCAUCGUACUAGCAUCGAUGAAAAAUGAUAUCCAGGAACAGUACGAUAGGCAUGAUGAUGCCGAGUCGAUAAUGCUCCGCAUGAAAGAGGUUUAUGCGGUUUCGGAAAGGCAUAUUAGAUAUGCCGUCACAAAAGCAUUUUAUGGGAUCAAGAUGCUUUCCCUCAUGGAAAAGCUCGAGGAUCUUCAAGCUGGGCUUGAUAAUGACACAUAUAUUGACGUGAUCCUCCAGUCACUUCCUCCCUCUUGCAAUCCAUUUUUCGUAAAUUACAACACGAAUUGGCAUGAGAAGUCCAUAAACAAGUUGAUUAGCAUGUUGGUCCAAUACGAGACAAUGACCAAAAAGUCUGCACCAUCGGUGUUGGAUGGGAAAGCUUCGACCUCUAAAGUAAAAGGCAAGGGCCAGACGCUGGAAGAGAAGAAGGGUAAGGCAACUGCCGCUGGAAGUGCUUUGAGUGCUCUUGUUGCCCCAGUGUAA